GCCUGUUCCAUUUUGUCGAUCUAGUAUUCGAUUUCCCGUCUUCUCUAAAGCGCUUGAUUUUUUCCGUACCCGUUAUUCACAGUUGUUCGAAGUCUUUGAUGUCUUGCCCAGACGUAGUUGAACUUCUGGCAAACCUCGAUUUCUUGGUUGAAGGGCCCAAGACAAGGUCAUUACAGGAUGAAGAUUAUGACGAGUACACAUAUGAACUGCUUGGCCAGCUUUCUAAGAGUUUGGGGAGCCGGUACACUGUAGAGCAAAUCAGGAAGCAACUUUGGACGGAGUUUCAACCUGGGUACGAAUUUCCCCAGCAUAACAUCGAUCUGCUCUUCCUUCACGGCAGCUCCGAGAUACGGACUCUUAGUCCGGAGUUGAAGAGCCUCAUAAAAGAACAGCUGCGUACAAUCCGCCUACAAAAGGCGUUGCACGCACCGCGUUGUCGACGAUCUUUAGCUCGAGUGGAGAAACACCGUGGACACCAUAGAAACUCCGGGCCUGCGAGACCAUCCGCAAAAUUCAACACAGGAAAGAGUCGUACAAAUGCGGUAAAAAAAGACGUAUCGCUUGAGAAGAGUACGUAUCCUAAAGCUAGACAAAGUACUACAUCGACACCUAAACCUCAGACAGUUCAGUCCAUAGUUAUUCCCGCAAGGACCAAGACUGAUCACAAUUCAUACCACUCUCCAUUUUCAUCGCCUCCAACAAGGGAACCCACUACUACCGUCCCGUUUUCAGGCGAGAAGCUAGCUAUGCAGUCAACAUCAGUCGCUCACACUGCAAGAUCAAUGAACGAAAAGAUUGAUCGAAGGAGCCAUUAUAUGACCAGAAGUCCUCGUUCACUUGCUAUGUCCACUGAGAUCGACGACAUGGAUAUGAUCUCUGCAAUGGUACACUAUAAACGGCGCUGCGAAGAAGCUGAACAUAAAUGCGAAGACCUAAAAAAAGAGAGGCGACAGAUGGAGAGCUUGAGAUAUGUACCAGAGGAUGUUUCGAAUGUCUUGCAACAAAACAUACGACAGAUCAGCAACCUGAAGAAACAGCUCGAUGAUCGGGCGAAUCUGGAGCGGUACCUCUACAUUGGCAAUUUUCCAGAUGAGACGUUGAACGCGCAACAAUUCAUUUCGAGGUUUCAGAUGAUGAAAGACCAAAUCCCUACAAUCCUGGUUCUGAAUGAUGCAGACAAGCUAUCAAUCAAGCAUCUUUAUGGCGAAUCUACAGAUCUAGAUGGUCUGUUAUCAAUCAUUUUUGGCACUGACGGCCUAGGCGGAUUCCAGAAAAUGGCAGACAGUCUCCCUGCAUUGACGUUGUAUGAUCUCGUUCAAGCUCUUACGGGAGCGGCAAUCCAUUCUUGGAUCUUUGGAAGCGAGUAUCGUAUCCAUAGUUUGAAAGAUUCACCGCUGUUACAGAAGUAUCGUGAUCACAUUGCUACCUUAUGUGGUUACGAAAGCCUUUGUAAUUUGGAUAUCGCUGUGCAUCGAUCCAUAGUCGACGAACAAAGCUUCAGGGAUGUGAUCGUUCGGAACAUGAGCGAGACGUAUACUACCCGUUUGCUACAUGCCCUCCAACCUCUCUUCCAACAGCCACUGGAGCGCAACGCAACCAGAAAAUUGAAAUCCUCGCUGGAUCGCGUAUUGAGUCUGGCAGUACAAAUUCGAUCAGAUUCCCUGGUUGGCACUGAGGACUAUGAGUCGGUAUGGCCUGCAAUCGGCUCGACAUACAGCCAAAAUGAGAUGGAGACCAAGCACGCAGGGUCUGUUGCCAUAGCAAAUGUGGUCAGGUUGUCUCUCUGCCCAGGUCUCCGGGCGUACUCAAAGAAAAAGGCAAUGGUUGAAUACCAUAGUCUUGGGAAUGGCGGAUGUUCCAAUGUGACUCCAAAAUAUGUGAUCAAAGCCCUGGUUCUCUGUUAAGAGACACAAUUCAGAUGAAUGUCUCCGGAGUAGUUUGUCAACCUAUACCCAUUGCUAUUUGUAUUUCAACAGCAUUUGUAAAACUGGAUUGAUUGAUGUCUCUAAAAACAACCUGCAACAUAAAUGCAUUCUUGUGGGUUUAGCUAC